AUGUACAUGUUGCUCGCCGAGCUAGAGGAGGCGCUUUUCAUUCCGCUCGCGGCCACGCCGCUCGCCCAGGCCGUCGGCCUCACCCCGCUAGCCCUCGCGGCUGGGGUUUCCUGCCUCGCAGCCCAGCUGCUCCUCUUCGUCGCCUUCUCCUACUUGCUGCCAGACGGCCCGUGGCGGAGGCUGCCCGGUCUGACCGCCCACCAGUGCAUCUGUUUCCCGCUCAUGAUUGGCCUCGCCUGCGUCGGAGUCCAGGAUUGGUUCCUCUCAGCAGCGGUCCCGACCUCGUUGAGCGGCCGCGUGCUGGACGAGCACCGGCUCGGAGGCCAGCUGGCGCAGCUGGUGUACGGCGAGCUGCUGCUGUGGGACAUCCCUUGCGGCCUCCUCGUGCCGAGCCUUCGUGAGCCGCUCAUGCUGGCGCACCACUUUGGGAUGGCCGCCGUCGCGUACGCGACGCUGAGCCCGCUCUGCAGCUACUACGCCGUCUUCUUCUUCGGCGCCAUCGAGGUCAGCGGCAUCCCGCUCUCGAUCGUCGACGUCUUCCACCCAAAGCACGAGAAGCACGUCCGCCGGGGCGGCGGCUGGUUCGAGUACGAGAAGGCCUCGCCGCUCUGCCGCGCCGUCAACGAGCUCGCCCGCGUCUGCUUCGCCGCCGCGUACCUGCCGCUAAGGGCCGUCUAUUUCCCGUGGGUGGUCGGCUCACAGGCGGUGCCGGACAUGCUCGCGACGCUCGCGCUUCCGCAAGAGGAGCGGCCAGCCGCGCCCGAUGCUGCGCUGUAUGGAGUGAUCGGCUUCGGCAUAGCCUUCUCGGCGCUGCAAAUGUACUGGGGCAAGCUCGUCUUCACGCAAGUGCUGCACGUCCUUGCGGGCCCAAAGCCGAAGGGCGAGUGAGAGAGAAGAGGGGGCCUCGCAGACGACCCGGGUUUCGCAGCGGCACGCGUCUGCACGCGCCAGCCACGGCGCCGUGCGACGCCGCGCGCAGUUAGUUACGAGUAGUAGUUGCCGCCAAAGCAGCGGGUGUGACUUGAAAGAAAAGAACCGCCGUCA